ACAGAUUGUCAAAUAUUUCGCGACUGCCUUCUAAGUUGCACGAGCGUUUUCUUCAGUUAGUUUAAUUUCUAGAAUUUUCUCAAAUUUGAUAGAAACUAUAUUUUGAUCUCUCGUAAUUAUACCAGUUCACCGAUCUUAGCAAGUGUCUCUGUACAGUAUUAAAUUCCAAUUUACAAUGGCAAAAUGGGGUGAGGGAGAUCCUAGAUGGAUUGUAGAAGAGCGACCAGAUGCUACAAAUGUAAACAAUUGGCAUUGGACGGAGAAAAAUGCAAGUCCGUGGUCUCAAGAACGGAUCAAAGAAUUGUUUAACAAUCUUUCAGUUAAGAGUGAUUUAGCCAACCUAGAAAUUAACGGAGUAGAAAAAUGUGAAGGGGAAGCCUGUGCGAAUAAUAGAAAAGGUAAAUUAAUAUUUUUCUAUGAAUGGGACAUAAUUUUAAACUGGAGCGGAAUACUGAAUGGCGGAACUGAUCUUAAACAUAGUGGUACCAUAAAAAUACCUAAUUUGUCUGAAGAAAAUGACAUGUCUGAUCUAGAUAUACAAAUAACACUAAAAGAUCCUGAUGAAGAAGGUCAGAUAUUAAAAGACAUUAUGUACAAAGAAGGCAGGAAUAUAGUACGUGAACAACUCAGUAAAUAUGUGACCAGUUUAAAACAAGAGUUCUCGAAAGGUAUGAUCCUACCGAAAAAAGAUGAAGUUAAACCGGACACCAUUAAGACAUUAGCUAGUGGUUUCAAUAAGAAAAUAAAUAUGACACCUGUUGUUAGUGAAAACAAACAGGUCGGUUUAAAAAUCGACACAACUACGAUAACGCAAGAACACAAGUUUCAAUGUACGGCAGAGGAGUUUUACAAUGCCAUGACAAGGAUUGAAUUGGUAACAGCUUUUACAAGAGGUCACGUGAAAUUAGAUCCCGUAAAAGGGGGUAUAUUUGAACUAUUUGGUGGGAAUAUUUCUGGAAAAUUCCAGGAAUUAAUACCUAACGAGAAAAUCGUUCAGCUAUGGAGGUAUAAACAGUGGCCUGAAGGUCAUUAUUCCACUGUAACUCUGCAGAUUAAUCAAAAGAGUGAUCAUACUGAAGUAAAGCUGCAACAGACAGGCGUACCUAAAGGUGAAGCCGACGUUACUAGGGUAAAUUGGGACAGGUACUACUGGGACGCGAUUAAACAAGCUUUUGGAUUUGGUGCCUUUCUCGGAGCUAUUUGAAUAGUUUAGCUAAUUUAAUAAUAUUUUAAGUAUGAAUAAAAUGUUCUACUCUGGUACGAUGUCUACAAUUUUCAGAUUAAUUCUAUAAUCUGUAAACUAAAGGCCUUCCUACACUUCGGUUAUUUUGCUCUGUUCUAACCGCGCGGGUAGAAAGUACGGGCAAAGCAACCUCUACACAUUGUCGCAUUUUGAACAGUAGACAUAGACAAGAACGAUGGACUCGAGAAAGAACUUGCUAGCAAUGGCGGUACUAGUUAUAAAAAAGAACCCUAACCCCCUUAAUAUAUAAACCCUUACUAAAUUUUAAUUUUGACAUUGAUCGCUGUCCGUCAAUAAAAUUGUAACCCCAAAUCAAAUGACAGUGACAAUUACUAAAAGGAAUAUACAGUAAUUUAUGAAAUGACGUAAUGACGUCACUAAUCUUUUUUUAUCUCGUUAGCAAGUGAUUGCGAGAGUUCGACAAUGUAUGACGUGACGUUUAACAAUGGCAAUAUUCUAUACAACUCAAUAAAUUCAAUGGUAAAUUAUUCAGUGUUAGUGGUAAUUUACGUCGAACGCGUGUGCGAUAUACAGGGUGAGUCUUAAAUAAGUGCAAAUAUUUUCAGGGCUGGUAGAUCUCGGUAAAAGAAACAUAUUUCCUUUUUACCGUUUUCAAGUUUUUUACCGUUUUACCUAAAAUCAAAGUCCAAAAUAACAGAGUUAUUUUACUUUGAAAUUUUAAAAAAUAAUUUUUUGCUUAAAUUUUGAGAACCACUGGAUUUUUUCUGGGUUUUCUUUCCUGUAAAUUUAAUGUUCUAGCUACAUAUGUUGCCAUAAAAUCAAGAUAUAUGGUAUUUUUUAACUAAAAAUAAAAAAAAAUCGAAAAAUACCAAAUUUAAAAAAAAAAUUGGUAAAAAAUCUCAUAGACGUGUUUCUAAGGGUCGACAUAUACCACUCCUAAAAAUAUUUACACUUUUGAAAAAAAAAAUAAAACUCACCCUGUAUAAAUAUCUAAGAAGUGCUGGCGCCACUGGCUGGAAUAAAACUGCGCGAGAUUUAUGACCAUAUACGAUCGGGUAGGAAUAAACGGGUCUAACCGUACAGUCAAUAUCUGGUGAAGACAGAUAUUGAACAAACAGGCAAAACUGGACUGAACACACUCAUACACUGACAUAUAACGGUUAAAACCGGGUAAAAUAAUUGAAGUGUAUGGGGGCUUAAACUAAGAUGCCUUUUUAUUUGCUUUCCAUAAGAAAAUAAAUUAUUUUAGUCAUAUUUGUCAUCAUCAAAUGUAAACAGAAGUUUUUAUAUCAAUGAUUAGAACUGUUUUUAUUCGCUGCUUUUUCUAUUUGAUAGAGCUAAAUCUUCUAGUCUGAAACCCAGUAUCAAAAGUCUUUUUAGGUAUAUAAUAAUAUACUGAUUCAUUCUCAUAAUAUAUCAAAUGGUUUUUGUGAAUAAUUCUUCGUCAGUAUAUCUGUGCACAUGGUUCUAAUAAAUUGUCUUAGGUAAAGAA